AUGAUGAGUAUUCGACAGACCGCAUUUUUAGAUUUUGUGGGUAAAGAGGACAAUUUAGAACAUGUAAACAGUUAUUGGACAGCGAAUUCAGUUUCAAAAGAAGCACAAGAUAACAUACGUCUCAUAGAGUUUAGGAAACUUGUAUAUUGGAUUUGUUCAAAACGAGAAUUUGUUUUAAAAGACUUCCUUGAAGAAAGGAUACCAGUAGCUGAGACUAUCGUCAGUUCUUUUAAUAUUGCUGUAGCCUAUUAUAAAAAUUUUUGUGCUGAAAACAUAACUAUUAGUCAGUCAUACCCCGCAUCUGAAAGAAGAUAUAUUCGUCAGUCCGAUAUUUUAGAUUUUUUGGGUGAAGAAAAAGGGAAUGUGUUUUUACGACGUUUAAAAGAAUAUAGGACAGUGAAUCCUGUUUCGGAAAAACAACGAGAUAAGAUAAGCUUCGAAGAAUUUAGAGGAAUUAUGAAAUUGAUUUGCUCAAAACAACAAUUUGAUUUAAAAGACUUCCUUGAUAAAAGAAGAGAAGCAGUAGUGGUAAUUUAG